UGUGAGAGUCUCGCCAGGUUUCUCCCGUGUCGCGCAAGAAGAAGGAUUUGCAGUCUUGCAGAGGGAGGGUGAUUCGAGUUAGGCAUCGUCUCCGUCGAGCGGGCAUUUCAUACCGACCUAGGGCGCUGCCGUCGACGCCCGCCCCUCACCGGAAAACCUAGGUCUUCGAGUGAUGACACGGGACGAGGCGUUGCCGCCCAAGGCAACUGAUAAGAUGAAAGGGAAGCAAAGCAUCGUGGUCGCCCAAAACCAGAACGAGUUGCCACCGCCCCUGGCCCCGGCAGCCGGAGGAGGAAGUUCACCCGAUCUGUAUGAAAGGUUAUGUGACCGUCUCCAAAAGCUCAAAAUGAAGCAAGAGCAUAUCAGUCGACUGGAGCAACGGGUGUCGUCCGGACAGGAUCUCAACAAGAAACAGGCCUUGUGCUUGAAAUCGAAAGAUAUCUUUGAUGCCAUUGUGAAUGAGCUAGAGAGGCUUCUGAACCCCAUAGACAAGCAGGGUAACAAGUCACUGGCUGUUGAUCCAGGAGUGGGUGAUGCAGCUGAAAGCGGCAAACAAAGGAGAGAGAAUAAAUAUAAUAUCAAGAAGCAGCUGGUUAGUUCUGAGGAGCUGUCUAAUGCCCUUACAUUUGCAACAACUAUAACCAAAGCUGAUGAUGAACAAACGGAGAAAAUGUUUAAGGAGUUUCUUACUGGGUGUAAAUUCAAUGUUCAUGCUAAAAGCAUAUGCACUGGCCUGGUUAAGUCGAUGAUAGAGUGUGGCUCUGGAACCAUGGAGAUCAAAUAUUCCUAUCUGGAAUGGCACAACAAAAAUUUAGCAAUGAAGAUGUGCCGGGCUUCUCCAACUUUGAUAACCAGGCUGAAAUCAUGUGCUAAAUCAUUUGCGCACUCUGUAUGGGAGACAGAUUGCAAGGCUUCUUCCACGGAAGAGAUGGAGCGUGUAGAAAAUAUGUUAAAGCAGUUUAGACUUGCGAUUGAAGGAAUGCCCAAGAGCCACAAAACACUUCCAGAAUUUAUGAAGCUUCCUAUGCUGAAGGAAUUGGACUACAACGGGUGCCCACUUUAUAGCCCUACUGCAGAUGCAAACAAGAUGGUCUAUGGUAUUUUGAAUGAUGUUAUCAGUAUGCACAGAAAAGGCUUCUCUUGGGAGGGGGAGUUUGAUGCUCAUAAUAUUGAAGUCUAUGACGACACAAAGUUCACAAUUACAGCGCCAACUCGGCAUUGUUUCGAUCCCAGAGACAAGGUUUCGGAAGAAGUUGCUGGAUGGUUCUUGCAAGAUUUCACUGCAGCAUGGAACUGCUUUGGUGAUCAGUUUUACAAUGCUCGAGCAGCACAUUUCGGAAGCCUGAAAUCUGUAUUGACAGACACUGAUCCUGCAGUAUUUUGCAAUCCUGAGGCGCUUGAGGUAUUUCGUGAGGUAGUUAUUCAUCAUGGUGCUGCUAAACCUCCAAUAGCUCGUGCGAACUUCCUGUGUGGGGUGCACUCUUGUUGUAAGGCCUAUGAUCUGGGUGAUGAAGCUGCACCGUUCAAAACUAUCCUGCAUAAUAUUGUUUAUCCAGGUGAUUGGCAGAUGGAUGUCAGGCAAUCAAAUCAUCCAGUGAUGAAGCAAGUUCUUUCACAUAGUGAUGGAAAAAUAAAUGAUGUGCCUGAGGCUGGUUCACGGUAUAUUGCUCGAGAUGGAGAAGAGUUUAACUCACGUUCAUCGUUCAUGAGGUAUCUUGCAACUGGCAAACAUGGUAGAACCGAUCAGAGUACUGCUGGUGCAUAUGUGGAUUAUAUGCGUCAUUUAUUUGUUCAUGGGAUGGACCACACAAAAGAAUUAAUAGAGUUCCAGCAACUUGUUUGUGCUGAUGGAAUGACCCUUUAUACUGCCACCAAUAAUGGCUCCCCAAGAGUGCAAAACAUAGACAAUCUUGAAGUGUUGGAGAUUCUGGGCGCCCAAAGCUGUGAGGGAGGGAUGACUGAGUUCAUAUGGGCCCUUCUGGAUGACGAUGCAAUGACUGGAAUGCUGCGCCCAUUUUGGGAGAUCUACAAAAACUGCGGCUUCUGAUUCCAAGCAUUGAAGACUUGGAUGUGGUUGCUCUUUACUCUCGAAAAAUAUAAUUUCCAAUGGAGACAAGUAAUCCAACUGAGAUGACAUGAGGUUCUCGCCAGCCUGAAAUGAACCGGCGAAGCUUCACGAGCUAGUCAUGUACUUAGUCUGUAAUUUGUAGAAUUUGCUCUAAUUGGUACUUGACCGCUUCCUGCUAAGUACCGUUUCUUGUUUUAAACCUGACAUUUCAAUACUGGCUGCCAGACUGUAAUGGUUGAAGAAUUCUGCCUUUUGCUGUUUCCUGUUGGGGGAUAUAACUAUGUUGAGGUUUUUAAAGUUCUAAGUUCUUGCUUUGAAA